UUUGACUUUCCAAUCGUUGCCCAUCGUACUAGAUUUCGUCUCCUCCAGUAACCGGUUAUUGCUUUGUUUUCAUCCAAUUCUCCACAAGUCUCUUGAUAUCGAUUGAAUCUUCCUUCAACCUGUUGGGCUUUUCAGAUGGACGCAAGCAACGCCCAAAAGCGCUGGGAGCUCGAGAACAAUAUUGUCGCCGACGAUACGAACCAGGAUUUGAUUUAUCACUACAAUAGUGAGGAGCAGAAAGCCAAUGUCAACGCAAAACCAUGGACGAAAGAUCCCCACCAUUUCAAGAAAGUAAAGAUAUCCGCUGUUGCGUUGAUAAAGAUGGUUAUGCAUGCUAGGUCAGGGGGAAACAUCGAAGUCAUGGGUCUAAUGCAGGGGAAGAUUUUUGAUGAUACGAUGGUCAUUAUGGAUGCUUUUGCAUUGCCUGUGGAGGGAACAGAAACGCGAGUGAACGCACAAGCGGAGGGGUACGAGUAUAUGGUGGAGUAUUUAGAAAAGAUCAAGGAGGUGGGACGACUUGAGAACGCGAUAGGAUGGUAUCAUAGUCAUCCUGGCUAUGGAUGUUGGUUGUCAGGUAUCGAUGUCAGUACACAAAUGCUGAACCAGCAAUUUCAAGAACCUUUUGUCGCCGUCGUGAUUGACCCGAAUCGGACGAUUUCAGCAGGCAAGGUAGAGAUUGGCGCUUUCCGGACAUAUCCUGCGGGUUACAAACCUCCAGAUGAGGGUCCAUCCGAAUAUCAAACCAUCCCGCUCAGUAAAAUUGAAGACUUUGGUGUACACGCAAAACAAUAUUACCAGCUGGAAAUAAGUUACUUCAAGUCUACAUUAGACUCAAAGUUACUUGAAAUGCUGUGGCACAAGUAUUGGGUUAAUACUCUUUCCUCCUCCCCUCUGAUCACGAACCGAGAGUACACAGCGCGCCAAAUUUCGGAUCUUGCAGAAAAGAUUGAGCAAGCGGAUUCGUCGUUAUCUCAAAGCGGACGUGGUGCAUUCUUUAAUGAAAGGAAAAAGGGGGAUGAGACUGCUGUGGCAAAGGUGGCCAAGGACAGCUCUAAGAUUACAGUUGAGGCUGCACAUGGUCUCAUGUCACAAGUGCUCAAGGAUGUGUUGUUUAAUCGUCCCUUGUUGUCAUAAUUCAAUAUCUUACUCUGUAUAAAUAUUCCCAUACAGGGGAAGACACCUUGAGGUUCACCUUCUCUGAUAAGAUCGCCUGCCUGCUGCAUCAGUAAUAUAAAGCUGGAUUUGGUUCAGAUA